GCCGCCGCCGACGCCGCCGCCGCCGCCGCCAGCCGCCGCCAGCCGCCGCCAGCGCAGGAGCGGCCCCUGCCCCAGCCUCGGUAGCAACGCCGCGUCCUCACCGGCCGGCGGCGCGGGCGAGCCCGGGCACCCCACCUGCGCUCGCCACACUGUUCCCCGCGCCCCGCAUGUGACCCGGCCAGGGCCCCCCAGAGUGUGUCCCCAAAGAAGCUGCGGCCCCGGGGCUGCGCCCACCCGCCCCAACAUCCGCUCUCCAGCCCGCCGAUCCGGGAUGGCUGCAGCCAAGGCCGAGAUGCAGCUGAUGUCCCCACUGCAGAUUUCCGACCCGUUCGGCUCCUUUCCCCACUCGCCCACCAUGGACAACUACCCUAAACUGGAGGAGAUGAUGCUAUUGAGCAACGGCACUCCCCAGUUCCUCGGGGCCCCGGGGGCUCCCGAGGGCAGCGCCGGGAACAGCAACAGCAGCAGCAGCAGCAGCAGCAGCGGGGGCAGUGGAGGUGCAGGUGGCGGCGGCAGCAGUAGCAGCAGCGGCAGCAGCGCCUUUAACCCUCAGGGGGAGGCCGGCGAGCAGCCCUACGAGCACCUGACUGCAGAGUCCUUUCCUGACAUCGCUCUGAAUAAUGAGAAGGUGCUGGUGGAGACGAGCUACCCCAGCCAAACCACCCGGCUGCCGCCUAUCACCUACACUGGUCGCUUCUCGCUGGAGCCCGCCCCCAACAGUGGCAAUCCCCUGUGGCCGGAGCCCCUCUUCAGCCUGGUCAGUGGCCUGGUGAGCAUGACCAACCCACCGGCCUCCUCCUCCUCAGCACCGUCGCCAGCGGCCUCUUCGUCUUCCUCCGCCUCGCAGAGCCCAGCGCUGAGCUGUGGGGUGCAGUCCAGCGACAGCAGUCCCAUCUACUCAGCGGCACCCACUUUCCCCACGCCGAACACUGACCUCUUCCCGGAGCCCCAGAGCCAGGCCUUUCCUGGCUCCGCCAGUACUGCCCUCCAGUAUCCGCCUCCAGCCUACCCUACCUCCAAGGGUGGCUUCCAGGUCCCCAUGAUCCCUGACUACCUGUUUCCACAACAGCAGGGGGACCUGGGCCUGGGCACCCCCGACCAGAAGCCCUUCCAGGGCCUGGAGAGCCGCACCCAGCAGCCUUCGCUCACUCCGCUCUCCACCAUCAAGGCCUUUGCCACACAGUCGGGCUCUCAGGACCUGAAGGCGCUCAACACCUCCUACCAGUCCCAGCUCAUCAAGCCCAGCCGCAUGCGCAAGUACCCCAAUAGGCCCAGCAAGACCCCCCCUCACGAACGCCCCUAUGCCUGCCCCGUGGAAUCCUGUGACCGGCGCUUCUCCCGCUCAGAUGAGCUCACACGUCACAUUCGCAUCCACACAGGCCAGAAGCCCUUCCAGUGUCGGAUCUGCAUGCGCAACUUCAGCCGGAGCGACCACCUCACCACGCACAUCCGCACCCACACAGGCGAGAAGCCCUUCGCCUGUGACAUCUGUGGGAGAAAAUUUGCCAGGAGUGAUGAGCGCAAGAGGCACACCAAGAUCCAUUUGCGACAGAAGGACAAAAAGGCAGACAAGGGGGUCGUGGCCUCUUCUGCCGCCUCCUCCCUUUCUUCCUACCCGUCCCCCGUGGCUACCUCCUACCCGUCCCCCGUGGCUACCUCGUACCCAUCCCCAGCCGCCACCUCCUACCCUUCCCCUGUGCCCUCUUACCCCUCUCCUGGCUCUUCCACCUACCCGUCUCCCGUCCACAGCGGCUUCCCCUCGCCCUCGGUGGCUACCACCUACACGGCAGUGCCACCGGCCUUCCCAGCCCAAGUCAGCAGCUUCCCGUCCUCAGCCGUCACCAACUCUUUCAGCGCCUCCACAGGUCUCUCGGACAUGACAACAACCUUUUCUCCCAGGACAAUUGAAAUUUGCUAAAGAGAAAGAGGGCAAAAUGGAAAAGGGAGAGAAGGAAACACAGAGACUUGAAGGACAGGAGGAGGAGAUGGCCAUGGGCGGGUUCCUCUUCUGUCGGAUGGAGGUUCUCAGCCAAAUCCUCCCCAGAGCCCAAAUGGAAGGACUCUUGGCCAACAGUCCUUUCCAUCCACUCCCUCUUACCCCCUACUUCCCAAUCUCUUUGAAUUCAGCUGCCUGAAACAGCCAUGUCCAAGUUCUUCGCCUCUAUCCAAAGAACUUGAUUUGCAUGGAUUUUGAAUAUAUCUUUUCAGUAUCAUCUCCAUUGUAUGCCUGACCCUUUGCUCCCUUCGAUGCUAGAAAAUUCAGUUGGCAAAAUGGGGUCUGGGCCCCUCAGAGCCCAGCCCUGUACCCUUGUACAGUGUCUGUGCCAUGGAUUUCGUUAUUCCUUGGGGUACUCUUGAUGUGACAAUAAUUUGCAUAUUCUCUUGUAUUAUUUGGAGUUAGGUCCUCACUUUGGGGGGGAGGGUAAAAAAAAAAAAAAGAAAAGCCAAGCAAACCAAUGAUGAUCCUUUACUUUGUGAUGAUGCUGUGACAAUUAAGUUUGAAGCUUCUUUUGAAACAGCAGUCCUUGGUAUUAAUCAGCAUGUGUCAGAGUGACGUUCCGUUAACCUUUUUGUAAAUACUGCCCGACUGUACUCUCACAUGUGGCAAAAUAUGGUUUGGUUUUUCUUUUUUUUGGGAAAGUGUUGUUUUUUUUAUUUUUUUGGUCCUCUUGGUUUAAAAAGUUUCACGUCUUGGUGCCUUUUGUGUGAUGCGCCUUGCAGAUGGCUUGACAUGUGCAAUUGGGAGGGAUGGGCUCACCUCUCGCCUUAAGGGGGGCAGGGAGUGAAGAUGUGGGGCGACUUUGGGAGCAGACUAAAGAAGAGGGCUGAGCUGAGCCUCGGGUCUCCAGAAUGUAAGAAAACAAAAUUUAAAAAAUCUGAAUUCUCAAAGGUCUAUUUUUUUAACUGAAAAUGUAAAUUUAUAAAUAUAUUCAGGAGUUGGAAUGUUGCAGUUACCUACUGAGUAGGCAGCGUUUUUUGUAUGUUAUGAACAUGCAGUUCAUUAUUUUGUGGUCUUAUUUUACUUUGUACUUGUGUUUGCUUAAACAAAAUGACUGUUUGGCUUAUAAACACAUUGAAUGCGCUUUAUUGCCCAUGGGAUAUGUGGUGUAUAUCCUUCAGAAAAAUUAAACGGCAAAUAAACUA